UCAGCGUUGGUUUUCAAGAUGGCGGCCCUCAAUGUGCUGGUGACCGGGUGUGGGCGGCUGGUGCGAGGGCUCCUGGCAGGCCCGGCCGCGACCAGUUGCGCUCGGCCCCUAGCUCGCGGGUUCAGGGAAGUGGUGGAGAUCCAAGAAGGGAAGACGACUAUAAUCGAAGGCCGCAUCACAGGGAGUCCCCAGGAAAGUCCCAGUCCCCCUAACCCCUCUGGCCAGUGCCCCAUCUGCCGGUGGAACCUGAAGCACAAGUAUGGCUACGAGGACGUUCUGCUGCUCAGUCAGUUCAUCCGGCCUCAUGGCGGCAUGCUGCCCCGCAGGAUCACAGGCCUGUGCCAGGAAGAGCACCUCAAGAUUGAGGAGUGUGUGAAGAUGGCCCACCGAGCAGGUCUGUUGCCAAAUCACAGGCCUCAGCUUCCUGAAGGAUUUGUUCCAAAGAGCAAACCCCAGCUCAACCGGUACCUGACGCGCUGGUCCCGCCGCUCCGUCAAGCCCAUCUACAAUAAAGGCCACCGCUGGAACAAGGUGCGCAUGGCUGUGGGCUCCCCACUCCUGAAAGACAACGUGUCCUACUCGAGAAGGCCAUUGGUGCUGUAUCACUGACUGAGCGGGGCCUCCUGCGCUCCCGCCCCCUGCUACCCUGGUGGCCCGGAUCCUCCAGCACGAGCGUGAGGGUCAGAGGGACCACCUUCAGUGGCUCAGCCUGCCUCUGCCACUGGGAGCUGGGGGCAGGCAGGGCAGUCGGGCCCCUUGGCAGCUGCCGCGGUCUCGUGACUGGCUCGGGCUGUGCUCAGUGCUGGGGGACAGGAGCUUUGCCCAAAGUAGUGACAUAAACCAGGCUCAUGUCA